GGGCCCCUGCCCGGGGGACAUGACGAGCUCUGCAAGGGCACCCGCAACUACAAGCGUACCCUGCUCCUGCGGCACCACCUCUCCGCUGAGCAUCGCCUCAACGAGCCCGUUAGCCCCGAGCAGGAGUCGGAGAUGCCGGCAGGACUGAAUAAUGAAGGAUACUGUGAUUUUAACAGCAGGCCAAAUGAGAACUCUUACUGCUAUCAGCUCCUGCAAGAGCUCAACGAGCAGAGGAAGAAAGGCAUUCUUUGUGAUGUUAAUAUUGUGGUGAGUGGGAGGGUCUUCAGAGCUCACAAGAACAUCCUGGUUGCAGGCAGCCGCUUCUUUAAGACUCUGUAUUGCUUUACAAACAAAGAAAGCCGUAACCAAACCACUGUUACCUAUUUAGACGUUGUUGCUGUUCAAGGUUUUUCUGUCAUCUUGGACUUCUUAUAUUCUGGUAACCUCGUGCUUACGAGCCAAAAUGCCAUUGAAGUGAUGUCGGUGGCCAGCUACCUUCAGAUGACGGAGGUUGUCCAGUCCUGCCGCAACUUCAUUAAAGAUGCCUUAAACAUAAGCAUAAAAUCAGAAGCUCCAGAGACCGUUGUAGUGGAUUACAACAGAAGAUCUGUUAGUAGGGAUGGUUUGUCUCCAAGGGAUCAGAAAGUUGCCAGCUUCUGGGCAACACGAAACCUUACCAACCUGGCAAGUAGCAUAAAAACGGAGAAUGAUGGUUACUCAAUUGAUGAGGGCCAAAUGGAAAGCUACCAAAUGAAUGACUGCAGUUGGGUCCAGGACAGCUCACCUGAAAUGGCUGAGAAUGAAUCUCAAGGUGAGGGAAAAGUUUUUGUAUGGAAUGACAUGGGUGCACAGGGACAAUCGGUUCAAGAGCCUGGAAAAGCAAGAAGGAAAAACCAAACUGCAAAGAGAUUUAUUUAUAAUAUACCACCUAAUACUGAAGAGAACUCGGAAGAUUGCUCAGUGUUGCAACCAUCAGGCCCAUAUCCAGAAGAAGAUUUGUCAUUUAUUAAAGAAGAAGCAGAUGGCAGUAUGUUAGCUGGGUUAGAUGGUGAUAGAUCUGCCUCCAUAAACCUAGGAAGCUAAAGUAAGACCCUGUUUGUAAUAGGUACUUCAAGUGACUUCAAGUAUGGACUGAUGCCGGGUACUUCAAGUGACUUCAAGUACGGACUGCUGCCGGGUACUUCAAGUGACUUCAAGUAUGGACUGUUGCCGGGUACUUCAAGUGACUUCAAGUAUGGACUGUUGCCGGGUACUUCAAGUGACUUCAAGUAUGGACUGCUGCCAGAGUCUUGGCCAAAAGAAGCUUGGGAAAAUGGCGAUUCCUCUGCUUUAAUCAUGAACAAGUUGAAGUGUCCACACUGUAAUUAUGUAGCCAAAUACAGAAGAACACUAAAGAGACACUUGCUCAUUCACACAGGCGUGAGAUCUUUCAGUUGUGACAUCUGUGGGAAGCUGUUUACUCGAAGAGAGCACGUAAAGAGACAUUCCUUGGUGCAUAAAAAGGAUAAAAAGUAUAAAUGUAUGGUGUGUAAGAAGAUUUUCAUGCUAGCAGCCAGUGUUGGAAUAAGACAUGGAUCACGACGUUAUGGCGUUUGUGUAGACUGUGCAGAUAAAUCUCAACCUGGAGGGCAGGAGGGAGCAGACCAGGUGCAGGACACAGAUUUCCCUAGGGAUGAAGAAUACGAAGAAAAUGAAGUGGGAGAAGGUGAUGAGGAGCUUGGUGAUGAUGUAGAAGAACAGAAUGACCAGUCUCGAUGGGAUGAAUCUGCGGAAGUUUGUAUGCCUUUAGAUGACUGACAGAGCAUAUGACUUCAGGGUGCCACAGAUGGACACUGUACGGAUUGACUAUUUGAAUUUUUGGAUUGAAGGCUUGCGAAAUAUGGUACAGGCUGGAUGGUAGUUAUGUUGCUGUGAAAAACGUAGGGUCAAAGCCUUAUAGCAAAAAAGGAUUAUUAAUUUUUUUAUUAUAUUUGCACAGGACUGUACAGCAUACAACCAUUUGGUUGAAUUAUACAGAGUCCUCACAUCUACAGUCAGUUAUCAAAAGAAAAAUGUAUUUUUUAUUAUUUAUAGGAUAUAGCUACUUGGGUCCUAUUCAGACAUAGUAGUAACUGUACUUAUGUUACACAUUCAUGUAUCUGUUAACAUGAAUGAAGAAAAUUGCAACUUGGUAUGGAAAUACAAAGACAGCUUUCCCAAAUCUACUCUUACUUUGUCAGUGAACCGGAGAAUCUAAUUUGGGCUAGUGGCUCUUGUUUCCACAAGCAUGUCUUUGCCAUACAAACCUUACCUCUCCCAUAUGCUGAUAGAUGAAAGCCAAUCAUUUAAAUAUGCAGCACAGAUAAUGCCAACACCGUAUUGAAAUAGGGUGUCGAAACUUGUGGCUCUAUGUUGGCAGGUGGUAUAGGUGAUAAGCACUGGAAAAGCUAACAAUGGCAUUAAUUUAGUGUCUGUUUCUUCAGUUUUGAGUUUUCAAGAAGGUUGUUACUGAUUUGUCAUUUCCAAAAUGGUUUUGCAGAAGAAAUGACCAAUAAUGGAAAUAAACUGAUCAGAGCAUGGGUAACUCUUCUGCCACUUAGUCAAAAGAGAUAGUCAUGCUAAAAGGUAUCUGAUGUAAUAAUGUUUCCUUCCUGCUCUAAGGCCCCCUUUCUCUCAGACUUCUUGACUUCCCUGGUGUAUACCUCAGUCCCAUAGAAUAAAAACACAAGAAAUGGAGAAAGUGUCAUAUUAAACAAC